AUCUCGUCCACCGACUCCCGCACACCAUGUCAACCUCUGUCCUCAUUUCGACUUUCUCUCCUUUCCCUACCCUUGCUCUGUCUGUGCCUUCUGGGACUUCAUUUGCCGGCCUCUACGAGCUUUUGGCGGAGCGCUACCCCUCGCUCCCGCUUCACUCCGAUGCUGCGGACCUUGUCCUCACUCCCACCUCGGGUCCCAUUCCAGAAGCACAUGCUCCGCUGUUUACGCUCCUGAACGGCGAUGAUGAACCGGGGAACACCCUUCUCAGCUUGCGUCUAGUGCCACGACUUCGUGGUGGCAAGGGUGGUUUCGGUUCCCAGCUGCGUGCGGCCGGUGGUCGUAUGAGCAGCCAGAAGACCAGCAAUAACGAUUCUUGCCGUGAUUUGAGUGGUAGGAGGUUGAGCACGAUCAAGGAGGCGAAGAAAUUGGCCGAGUACAUCGAGAGCGAGCCUCUUCGCAAGAAGGCACAGCAGGAGGCGCAGAGAGCCAAGCUUGAGGCGCUCGAGAGGAAGCUCGGUAUCUCAGCCGAUGGCUCAUCCUCCGAUCCCAUAGUGGGAAAGAAGCACCGCUUGGAGGACACCGAGUAUAUCGAGCAGAGCAGGGAGAUUGUGGAUAACGUUAAGAGUGCCGUUUCAGUAGCGAUGCUCAAGAAAAAGAAGAAAGCGAAGACGAAUCCCAGCCCCCCGGCAGAGGUUGGCCCUUCGACGGUCGCCGCUGCUACGGAGAAGGUCAUGGAGAUGGCAGCCUCAGCAUCGGAGAAUGUGCUCGAGUCGACUGCUUCCAUCGUCGCGGCUGCCGCCACAGCCGUUGGUGUCGCGAGUGCUUGAUGUGUGGCCUGUCAGGUGUCGUGGUUGUUCUUUCUAUGGGUGUAACGUACGUUAAAGUUGCAAUGGACGGAUGGCACGAAGCUUUCGC